CCUGACCUAAUGUGAUACCUGCUCGUUAUGUGUUUUGGUUGCCGUUUGACUUGUUUGCGCUCCAGAAUGGCUGUUUGCCACUCUCGGGUGAGCUCAUCUGUUAUUUGACUGCCAUCCCUAGCUUAAGAAAGUGCAGCUUGAUCACCAGGUUUAAAUUAUCGGGGCAUCCAACAACCGUGGUUUCUGUGCCGAGAUAUCUGUUAAUGUCCUCAGGUAGCCUAUAUCUUUCUCACUGUGCUUCAAACACGCAAUCCUUAGCUUCAUCGAACAACAUCUCGCAACCCUUGCUAUCUAGUCGGUAGCCACUAUCCCACUCCGUAUCUAAAAAGAAAGAUGCCUAGUGCACCGAAGCAGCGGAAGAUAGCUAUUGUUGGCAGUCGCUCUGUGGGUAAAUCUUCUCUUACAGUUCGAUUUGUUGAACAUCAUUUUGUAGAAAGCUACUAUCCGACGAUUGAAAACACAUUCAGUCGAAUCAUCAAAUAUAACGGCCAAGAUUACGCGACUGAGAUCGUUGAUACAGCUGGUCAAGAUGAGUACAGUAUAUUGAACUCGAAGCAUUUCAUUGGAAUACAUGGAUACAUCAUUGUCUAUUCGGUGGCUUCUCGUCAGUCGUUUGACAUGGUGAGAGUUAUACGGGAUAAGAUCCUAAACCACCUUGGUGCUGAUCAUGUGCCCCUUGUACUCGUCGGAAAUAAGAGCGAUCUCAAGCUUGAACAACGCCAGGUGUCGCUGGAUGAAGGCCGCCAGCUGUGCGAGGAAUUCAAUUGUGCAUUUACCGAAGCUAGUGCUCGCCUCGAUUACAAUGUUGCGAAAGCGUUUGAUUUAAUGAUCGGGGAAAUUGAAAAGUCGCAAAAUCCAUCGCAACCCGCAGGAGGCAACAAAUGCGCUGUAAUGUGAUUCAAGGCCUAUUUGUGAUGUAACGGGAUCAAGUGUCCGACUGGGCGGCCUGGAAGAUGGCUACGCUACUGUUAGAUACAACCUCCAAAUAUUGGAAAGGUCCCAUAGGUGUCUAUCUCCUUCAGUUGUUAUAUGUCUGGAUUCCUGCAUGUUUGUUGUUGCCUACUGGUGCAGAUGUGAAUUUUCUAUGGCGCUCAAUUUCCCUUCCUAUUUUCUGUCACCAGUCUAAUUGUUACAUUAUUUAAUACCUUUCCCCAGUCCAGGCCAUGUUAUGAGAACCGCCAUUAAAUCAAACAGUAGUGU